CAAGCAAGCAAAACACAUCACGAAACACAACUAGACGGCGCGGCGGCAGAUCACGCGCUGUCACACCACGCAGUGCACGCCCUUGCCCGCACCCGAGCCCGCCGCGCCCCGCCCCGCCGUGCCGAUUUCGUUCGAGUGGCCUCCCGCAUCCGCCAUGUACUCCGACGCGGCCCCUGCGCCCCCCUCCCCUACCAGAUCGAAGAAGCGGCCGUUCCGCAUGGGCGAUGGCCACUCGAGCCCAAACCCUAGCCCCCGCGGCUCCCCCGCCCGCAGGAGCGAGCUCAAGCGCAGGCUCCGCACGUCCGCGGAGUCCGCGGCGCUCGCGCUCGCCGCGGUGGCCGCGCGCGCGUCCGCCGCCAGCGUCCGCGCGGAUGCGGGUCACGACGCCGUCCAGAGGCGCGGACCCGCGGGUGUCCGCGUUGACGGAGGUCACGGCGCCAUCCAGAUGCUCGGAGCCGCGGCCACCCGCGUCGACGGAGGCCACACCGACGUCCAGAAGCCCGGACGGGUGCGCGUCGACCGAAGCCACGCCGCCGUCAAAAUGCCCGGACCCGCGGGAGCCUGCGUGGGUGGAGGCCACGGCGCCGUUCAAAAGCACUGGAGCGACGCCGAUGAGUUAACGCUCCUCGCCUCCGCCGCCGCCUUCCGCGAGCGCACCGGUCGACACCCGGUCCUCCCGGACAUGGGCGCGCUGUUCGACUCCAUGAGGGGCUCCAUUUCCCCGCACAUCGACCAGUCCAUGGUGUACUACAAGCUGAAGCGCCUCAAGAGCAAGUUCCAGCACUCCGACGGCCCGCGCGACCGCCGCCUGCGCGACCUGUGCGCCAACGUGUGGGGCGUGAUGCCCCCAUCCGAGGACGACUCGGACGGCCAAGAGGCCGGUGGGACAGACGCCGACGAUCGACGCGCCGUCCCAGAUGCAGCAGCCAUGAUGCCGGUGGUCACCGAGGUGCUUGGUGAGUACUGGAAAAAGAAUGAGCGAGCAAUGGCGGGGGUACCCCUGGAGAAGGGCCUGUCACGGCUAGGGAAAAAAGAGGGCAGAUUGAUCGAAACCAAGUGGAGGCAGCAGCUUGAUGAAGAGAUGCGAACGCAGAUACGGCGGCACGAUCUGGCUAAGGAAGUCUGUGCCUUGCUCAAUGACACCAUCAAGGGCCUCGGCCCUUAGCUCGGAUCUAGGACUGGAUAAUUCCAAGAGGGGAUAGUGUUGUGAAAGGGAAUUUUCAUAAGAAAGGCAACUCCUAUUUCACAUGGAUCCUGGAAGUAUGCACUAUUCUGCACAUAUCUAAUUCUCAAAUAGACUCAGAAAAAUUUGCUGGAACUUGGCUCAAUCUGUGCAAUAGUGUUGUAUAGUGCCGUCUGGAAGUUGUUCAGGGUACGUAACAUCGAAAUAUAGUCUUGCACCGGUUCAUGUGUAUUGUGGGUUUUGAUGUUCCUGGGACCUGGGAGCAGCCAAAGUUAGCUGGUUUUGAAUUUUGUAAGCCUCCUGCAAGUCAAUUGCUUGCCUGUUCCUUGCCUGUUCAUCGUCACAGCAGGUAACACGAUGGUUCAAUCUACUGUCUACUUCUACUAUCUAUUAUUACUACUUAAAAAAUAGCAAAAGAGUCCCACGACCCACCUAUGUCCCGUGUUCACCUGGUG